AUGUGUGCCGGCCCAAGUAUCGAUGCUCUCCGGAGCAAAGCUCCGGAAAUUUCAAAAAUACUACAACAAGGAGAGUCUCUGUUGGAUCCAACCCUCGAAGUCCACUUUCCGGAGCUCUACAGUAAUGUCAUACUCCCGGAUGUCCGUGUGUUGCGCUUAAAGACAAAUUUGGAUAGGAUAAAUCGAGUUCUGAGGCUAUCAAAACCUUCAGUAGCUGCUAUGGAAGAUGUACUCUGUAAAUUGGAGGCUUUAAAGGCCAGAAUCUCAGAGUCUCGUGAAAAACUCCAACGUGUGGCGAUUUCUACACAAAUUGCUCAUCUAAGACAACUGGAGGAAGAAAUUAAAGGGUGUGAAAAGAAACUUAAUUCAGUAAACCGCCUGGUCGAUCGUCUUGACCCAAAAAUAACCUCCAUCGACACAGGGGAUGACACACAGCUGGAGUCUCUUUUGGAGUCUGCAGAGAAAAUGGUGGAGUCAAAGCAAUUCUGUGACUCUUUAAACUCUAUUCAAUCGUUAGAUACCUCAGAUUUGGUAAAGGAAGUUUCAGAACGCAUAGAAACCAGUCUAGAUAGGAUCUGCGAACUAUCGCUUUUGUGGCUACAGAAGGAAACUUAUCGGCUCUACAACACUGAGGACUCGAUAAUUCAGCCAUUUAUCAUUUGCAAUAAUUCUAGCGUUGAGUCACUGUUCGAGAUGGAUGCUACUCGCAACAGCGACUCUGUGAGUAGUGGCACUGAACAAGGGGGCGUGCAUGCCUCGGCCGUACGCAUCCUCAGUGUGCUACGUACACGCCAAAAAUACUUUGGGAUUUUUAUGGACAAUAUCAAGGACCUGCUAACCCAUUUAUCGCAAAGGAGAUUUAACAAUCUGCUAAUAUAUGCAGGGAAGGAUAUGUACGAUAUUUUCAUGAAUCUUCAACUUAUUCUAACAAUGAUAAAGAGCUCUGUAACUGCCCUAUACAAAAAUGCAAAAUUGGAAAGUGAGGACCCGGUAAUUCUUAUAAAUGCAAUAUCCCAGCAACUCCUUGGUACUCUGGAAUCAAAGCUGGAUCAGCAAAUUCCAGAAACGUUCGAAGGAGCACUUGAGCUAUUUAGGAACAUUCAGAUAUGCCAUUUUUAUAGAGAUAAACUAGAGUCUGUGCUAAAGGAAGAAGAUGCAAGCAGCGAAAAAUCCCGCAAUCCAAUCUUGGCAUUCCUAGAUGAAACAUGCAACGACUGGAGAAAAAAUUUCCAUGUACUGGUAGAAAAUAUACAAAAGGAAAUGGGUGGUCCAGAGACUGGCGCACCUGUCAUGUCUCUAUUCUUGCACAAACUAAUUGAUAUUCAACUUGAAUUUACAGAGUCUAGAGACUUGCACAGCAUUUUGGAAAAAAUAAACGCGCUUACGCUUUGCACAACUCUUAGCACAACCUACCAAAUUUUCAAGCCCCUUCAGUCUAGUAUAGUACCACAGCAGUUUAAAAAUGCUAUAAAGGAAAGGCUUGAUGCGCAAAUACAAGAGGAAUACACAAUAGCAUCUGAGGCUAUUUUAAACGAGUUGAACAUAACAAAAAACAAUCAGGAAUACACAUGUAGUGAUGAAAGUGUAUCAAAUCGCAUAUCUUCCAUUAUAUACUCUGAAAGUUUGGAAAGCUUUGAGGUGCUACAUAAUGUUUCUCUUCUUCCCGACCCAGUCAAACGCCUAAUUUUACAGAAAUUGUAUCUACUUUUGGUGGAUGUGUACAAGAAUCUGAAUGGAGAUUCAACCAAAGUUAAAGAAAUGACAGAUAUGGUUAAUGGAUUUCCACACUCCCUUUAG